GAAAAAAUUUUUUUGGAAAAAAAGUAAAAUUUGCUGCAGUAGCCUGGGGGAAAUGGGGAGGAGCUUCCAGACAGGCCUAGACAUGAAGGGGAAAUCCCCAUUGAAUGGCAAACUGGUUGUUUCGUUUCGUCUCAGUUAGUCGUUGACCCCGACCUUGGUCAACAAUGUCUCAGCCUAAUAUUUACCAACAAUUAUUUGAGGCAUAUUGUAAGGCUUAUCCAGACAAGAAAAAAGAAACUUGCCAAAAAGAACUUAACAAAGAAUGGGAGUCAAUAAAAUCAAGUUCAGAGAAUAAACCGUUGUUGAUAAAACCAAAAGCUGAAGAAUAUCUUAAAAAGCUUAAUGUUAUUGCUGCGAAAAAAGGUGGAUUAAUGCCAUUUUUCGCCAACUCAUCGAUAUCUCAUUUAAAAACAAAAACAACCAUAGAAAGGCCCCAAGAACUAGAAUUUCAACCUGAUUCGGAUCAAUUUUGUGAACCUUUAUUGACGGACUCUGAAACAGAACAGAACCUUUGUUCAAAAAUUACGAGUUCUGCGAAAAGGCCUGCCCAAGAAGCAACUAAAAAUGAAAUUGAUCUAUUAAAUGGGGAUUUGAUCAAGGACUCUGGCAGUGCGGGUAGGCCUCGCCUCGAAGAAACACAGCCUUUGUUGUUGUCUGAAAUUGUCCGAAUCGCUAGGCAUGGAUCAGCGGCUCAUGAAAAGCGACAAGAUGAAAUCUAUCGUAGCAUCUUAACCUUGGAUGAUUUAACUGAGCAACUUACUAAAGACGGAUUUCACGUGAAAAGAUCAUCAGUGUACCUUCGAUUACAGCCUAAAAGGAGUAGUAGCCACCAAGGAAAGCGCCAUAUUGACACAGUUCCAGAACUUAUUCGGGCUCAGAACGACUUUCAUAAAAGUCAUCCAGAUCAGAGACUGUGUCAAGCAACUAUACGUACCAUGGAUGAACUUGCAUCUCUUUUGGGACCGUCAGAAGUGUGCUACAUCUCUCAAGACGACAAAGCAAGAGUGGCUAUAGGGAUAACGGCAGCAAAUGUACAGGCCCCUAUGCUUAUGCAUAUGCAGUAUCGGGUAAAACUUCCGGACCAUGAUUGGGUUGUCGCAGCUGGGCACAAACUCAUCCCAUCUGUAUAUGCAGGCAUAGCUGUUGACAGAAAUGGCCUAGGAAUGCCCGGUGCUGUCGGAUAUUCAGGUCCAACUUAUGUCGCCAUUCGCUCCGGCAAACAUUGUUCUUCAACUGCUUUAAGUCAUUGUAUGGACUUUGAACGAUUACUGAACCUCCCUGAAUUCAACUCUAUAACAAAAAGUUCAGAUGAGAGAGUGAAGCCGAUUGUUAUGUUCUCAGUUGGUGGGGGUCCUGACGAAAAUCCUCGUUACAACAAAGUAAUUGAAGUUGCAAUACAUCACUUUGUGUCACACGAUCUUGAUGCGAUUUUCAUCUUUACCAAUGCACCAGGCAGGAGUGCCCAUAAUCGAGCAGAGCGAAGGAUGGCCCCUUUAAGUCGCCCACUAUCUGGGUUAAUUCUUCCUCAUAAUUACUACGGGAACCACCUUGACGCAGCUGGUAAGACCAUCGAUGUGGACCUUGAAAAACAGAACUUUGAAAAAGCUGGGACUACUCUGGCAGAGGUAUGGAGCGAAGUAGUAUUUGAUGGAUAUCCUUGUGUUGCUGAAUAUGUGGAUCCGAAUUAUUGUGAAUUCAGUCAAGAUCGGCUCAACGUGAAAGAUCAGUAUUGGUUUUCGGAACAUAUUCGCACGAGCCAGUACUUUACGCAAAUUGUUAAGUGUAAAAAUCUAAUGUGUUGUAUUAACGAGCCGAGAAGCUCAUACUUGGCCGUUGUUCCUACGCGGUUUAUUCCUCCUCCGAUUCCAUUGAUCCAAUCUGACAAAGGGUUAAAAGCUUCUGAUCGAAGUGGCUUUGAAAGUCACGUAUUUCCUUCUUUAUUUUUAUCGCUCCAUCUUUCACGCGACUUAUUGCCUAAUUCAACUAAAGAAUUCCUUACGCUCCCUUAUGAUCUUUACACACCCUCAGUUCAGUCGCAGUUAUUGGAUCGAAUUUGCCAAAAAUGUUCGCUUUAUUUUGCAUCGAAAGUUAUGCUGAAGAGUCACAUGAUUGUACACAAAAAGAAGACUCAAAGCGCAAGUGCAGUUGUUGAGAAAGAGUUCAUCGUCACAAGAACUAGAGAAAUGAUGGCUAUCAUUGUAUCAGAUGACAAUAAUGGCUUAGAAGCAGAGGACGCAGAAUGGAUUGACAAAGACGAAUUGGAUAUUUCUGGAAUCCCACCAUUUGUCGAAAAGCCUUCGAUCUUAUCGUGCCCAGUUGUGACGCUUGAAGAGCAUUUUGAUAAUCCAUGGGAGAACGAUGAGUGA